AUGCAACGAACAUUAUUCUUUAAAUUCGUAUUUACUUUAAUUAUAUUAAUCGUAUCAUCGAAUUGUGAGACACCUAUAUGUGAUAUAAAUAAUGAUGUUCUAAUAUGUUUUGUCAUAAACACUUCGUCUCUUGUUAAUACAACUUUUAAUAAUUCAUAUGGUUACAAUUCGAUCAAAAUAAAAUAUAAUGGAUAUGUUAAAUUGAACUUAUUAGCACCAUCAAUAAAGCCAAUUCUUAUAGAACCUUUUGAUGAAACCGACAAUCAUAUACUUCAAAUAUUAACUGUAGAUGCAAAUGCUUCUCGUAUUGAUAUACGAAUUCGUCUUUCAUCAAAUCAAGCAUCAUUGCCAUUAUUUACAACGACUAGUAGUGUCACAGCACCGAAAACUACGUUAAGUAUUAGUAUAACACAAAAUAUAAUGGAUUUAAAAGAUUUUAAAAUAUUUGAUGAUACUUCAACUUCAUUGAUAAUGAAUUUUGCUAAUUAUGAAGUUGUUUUUGAACGAACUAGUAUGUUUGCUGAAACAUUAUAUUUACAUAAUCUUAUUCGUCUAUUAACAAACAUUGCAAGUAUAACUAUUAUUGGUUAUAAUCAUGUUCUUGUUGUUAGUAAUACAGAAAUGCCAUUAUUUACUAAAACUGAUCAAUUAUCAUUAAAAUUUGUUCGUUUAUAUGAUCCAAUUCUUGAUAAAUUUCCUUCUUUAAAAGAAUAUGUUAUUGAAGAAUGUAAAUAUAAUAAAUCGGCACAAUUUUUAAAGUCGUCAGGAAUUCAUAAUCUAUCAAUAAAUAUGAAAAAUAAUAUACCAGACGAUUCUAGUUUACCAUAUCAUCCUAAAACAUUUGAAGGUUUUCAAACAUUAAUAAGUUUAACUCUUAUGGAACCAAAACUUAAUUCAUCAUGUUUACAAGCAAUUAAACGACAACCAGAUCUUAGAUAUUUAUUUUUAAGUCUUGGUUCAUAUUCACAAUCUGAUAUGGCUGAUUGGAUGUUAGAUAUGUCAAAAGUUAGAACUUUAAUAAUUAAUGGUAUAUCAGAUUUAAAUAUAUUCCCAUCAAAAUUUUUUAAUAAAUUACAUGCCAUAGAACAAGUUACAUUACAAGGCACAUUCGAAUUAGAAAAGCAAGACAUAUGUGUUUUUACUCGUAUUAAUAUUCAACAAAAUCCAAAAAAUCCUAUUAUACAAUUAAAUAAUGAAGAUAAAUCAGAAGAUAAUAUAUGUGCCAAUAUUUAUAUAACAGCUAUCAAUCAAAGAACAAUAGAAGGUAUUAAAUGUCCUCCAAACGAUACUUUUGAUGACUGUGAACGAUGGGCUAACGCAGAACAACGAUGUAAACUUGUUUCAUAUGAAAGUGAAUGUUUAGGUGAAACAAAUAAUCCUGGUAAUAUAUUUUCCUAUGAUAAAAGUUAUCUAUACGAUUUUUUUAAAAAUCGUUCAUGGUCAUAUCGGUCAAGCACUACAACAACAUCAUCAAUAACACAACCAGGUUCAGUAAAUAUGGGUGCUAUUAUUGGUGCAUUAUGUGGCCUUGUCAUAGCUAUGUUAAUUCUUGGUACGACAAUUUUUUGUAUUUAUCGUUCUCGUCAAAGAGAUUCGGCGAAAAAAACCUUAUCAACAGAAGAAGAAAAAUAUAAACCUUCAUCAGAUGACAUAACACAUGUUUCAAUUGCAACAAGUAAAUCAUCAAAAUCAUCACGUUAUGCAUUGGAAAAAUCAUUUUUUCCUCCAAUGCAACCUAAUGAUGAAAUAGCACCACCACUUUAUACAGCACCAUCUGAAUCAGUUGGUUCUGUAUCUAAUUAUCGUAGACAACCAGUACCAAGUGCUCCUCGUGAAAGUGUAUUAACUAAUACAACACAUUUCUACGAAACAGUUGACAAUUAA